UCAGAAUUUUCAAAGACGAUCAUUAUGUUCUUGUUCGUCAAAAUGUAUAAAAUGAAGACGAUUUUGCGAAGUGGGAUUUUGAUUGAAGCGAGAAAUUGAAGUGAAACGCAGCACAAUACGAUCGUGUGAGCUUCUGUCUGAACAGGGAUAAGAGAAAAAAAAUGUGGUGGUUGGGAAGAAAAGGACCUUCUGGAUUCUCAGCUUCUUCUACUGCUGAGGAAGUUACUCAGGGAAUUGAUGCCACUGACUUCACUGCCAUUGUUACAGGGGCAACUAGUGGUAUUGGAGCUGAAACUGCACGUGUGCUUGCAUUACGCGGUGUUCAUGUUGUUAUGGGGAUCAGAAAUAUGGCAGCUGGUGGGGAGAUCAAGGAAACAAUACAAAGAGAUAACCCAUCUGCAAAAAUUGACAUGAUGGAGCUGGACCUUAGCUCACUGGAAUCAGUUAGGAAAUUUGCAGCACAAUUUAAAUCUUGUGGUCUUCCUCUGAAUAUACUUGUUAAUAAUGCAGGAAUCAUGGCAACACCAUUCAGGCUCUCCAAAGACAAUAUAGAACUACAAUUUGCAACAAACCAUGUUGGUCAUUUUCUUUUGACAAACUUAUUGCUUGAAACAAUGAAACAGACGGCUAUUGAACAAAGGAAGGAGGGAAGGAUCGUGAAUGUCUCAUCAAGACGUCAUAAAUUAUCAUAUCCUGAAGGGAUUAGAUUUGAUAAAAUUAAUGAUGAAUCAGGGUAUAAUAGUUUCUCUGCAUAUGGGCAGUCAAAGCUUGCCAAUGUUUUGCAUGCCAAUGAGCUUGCCAGACGGCUUAAGCAGGAAGAGGGCACAGAAAUAACUGCAAACUCAGUUAGCCCAGGACCAAUUGCCACCAGUCUAUUUCGUCAUCACAGUUUAAUAGAUGUGUUUGUUGGUCUACUUGGUAAAUAUGUGAUGAAAAAUAUCCAGCAGGGAGCAGCAACUACAUGUUACGUUGCAUUGCAUCCACAGAUAAAAGGGUUGAGUGGUCGUUACUUUGUGGAUAGUAACUUAGCUGAAGCAAGUUCACAAGCAGUUGAUCCAGAGCUGGCAAGGAAACUGUGGGAACAUACCUCAAAUUUGGUCAAAUCCUGAUAUAAUGUUACCAAUUAAAAAUUGAACAUGUUUGAUAAAUAACUAAUGGUUUGUGUCACGCUCAAGAUGAAGUAGCUGGUGGUAUCAGAUGGCUUAAAAGUAACGCAACUUUAUCUCUGGUGCGCUCGUUUGAGGAUUAAUCAUGUAACUGCUGAACAUAUUCUUCUGCACUUAUAAGGUUCCUAUCAUCCCUUUUGGCAACUCUUAUAUCUUGGAAUCUAUAUUCUUUUUUCAAAUUUUAUACCAAUUAAUUUUAGUUAAUUAA